GCUUGGCCCGUCUUAUUGCUGUUUCGGUUUCAAGGAGGUUGGAUUACCCAACAGAAGAAUUGUGCAAAAAGAAGCAGAGCACGGAGGGUCCUGCACGCCGAAGGUAGAAAGAUAGCUCGUAUAAUUUAAUUAUACGAGCUAUCUUUCUACCUUCGGCGUGCAAGUGGAACACAACAACCGCUAAUUAAAUUAGCGGUUGUUGUGUUCCACUUGCAAGAACGGCUCUGGUGUGUCGAGAAGUAAGUGUAAGUAAGUUGAUUUUUUCCCAGCUCCUCAAGAGAAUGCGCUCGAUGACGAACUAGAGCCAUUCGCGUUCACAUUUUUCGCGGUUGGCAACUGCAGCAUCGGCAGAGUGUGGCUACUUGGUUUUGAAAAAAAUGUUUCUCUUAGUAUAGUUUAGCAAGUGCGGGAUGUCUCAUCUCUUGUAAAGUUGCAGAUUCAUCGUGAUUGAUGAUCGCGAGACCGAGCCUUUAAGAACAUCACCUACACGAGUCGGAUUCGUCGAGAAGCAUCGGAAAAAAUCGUCACUUUGCUCAUUUCGUUUAUCGUUUAUUCCACAAUUAGAAACACGAACGAAUAAAUUCGUCGCUUUUUUCAAUCGUCUCAUCGCUUCACAGGUCUCCUCGUUGUAAUGAGUCGAAGAAUUAUCCACUAGACUUGAAACGCCUGCUCGAGCACCCUCCAUUUGUAUUCGGCAUUAUUUUCGUCAAUGUAUCGAUCCGUCAAUAUCUAUAUCGGGCAUUAUAAUAUAAUAUUUUCUUUUGUCGACCCUCACCCUCACCCUGCAAAUGGUCCGGAGAUUCAUUGUUUUACAUGGACAGCAUGCGCUUGUGGGUGCGUGUGUGUCAAUCGUUGUGGAUAAUUGGUAUGGUCACAGCCAGUUCCUGGUGGCAAAAAUUUUACGAUAGGGAUGGCAUAACGUCUUAUUUAGGUCGAUGAAUAUUUAUAUUGACAUCAAAUAUUUAUUUCGGGAGCUGAGAUGCACGCGGGGGCGGGGGCGAGUCGCUCAUAAAAUCACGUGACACGCUCAUAACUCGAACGGGUGCUCCUCGCGGUACCGUCACUACCAACUUUAACGCCAUGCUUCUUCGUAUCGGAAGAUUCUGUCUGAAAAGUAGUUGAAGAGAGCCACAACAUGGGCCUUCUCAGUUCGUUUCUGACAUGCUUUCGGUGCGUUUUUUUCUGCGGCCGAAAGCGAAUUGCGGCAUCGGACGAGGGCGGUGACCAGAAGGAUCUUGACGAGAACGAGGACGCGGCGUUGGCUUCGGAUCACACCUCUAGCGAUGACCUGUCCGACUCCACCGAAACCAGCACGUCGCGAGGUAAGGUGCAUUCCGGAGACGAGUCUACUUCCGACGAGGAACACGUCGUCGCGAAAAUUCCACAGAGAAUCGUCAACAAGAAGUUUGAGGUGGCGUUGGAUCUGGACCAACGGAGGAUCAUCCAGGCCUUCUUGAAGGCGCGAAAGAAUCACCUUCGAAAAUUGAUGCUCGAAGCAAAGAAGAAAGACAGCCGUUCCGAGGAGGAUGUCCUUGCCUCUCUUCGGAGGAGCUACGGUAAUUCUUGAUUUAUGGAUUGAAAAACGCCUUAUCAUUCUUCUUAUGAAACAGAAACGCAAACACUCUCAUGCUCACUUUUUUGUUUUGUGCUGCCCCGACCCGCUAAAAAAAUAAAAAAAGCGGCGUUUUAUGAUUACGACUUUCAGUGAAUGAGCAUGGUCAUAUUCAACUACAUACCCAAACAUCAGACAAGGAGACGAAGAAGAUGUUGCGGAAAAUCGAACCUUUGACGCAGGACCAGCGGCACUGGGCUGGACAGGACAUCACCGUCACCACGCGCAGAGACUUUUACGUGUAUUACCCGGCCAAGGGUAGCGUCCGCAUCGGCAAGUUUAAGUACCGGAUUGGAUCUCCGGUGCAGCUUUUUUUAGCUGAUGACGGGAAGGCUGGAACCGCAACGAAUCCCCGCAAUUUUCAUCGCGGCCGUCGCGGCACUUGGGUGGCAGGCGUCGUUACUGCGUACUAUUUACUUUUUAUCUUUAGUUUUGCUUGGCUUUGGUCGGUGACGGUGUUGUGGUUGGUUUGUUUUGUUUAUUGCCCUUCUGCUUUCAUUCUUUCGUGAUCGUCUUCGUCGCACAACAAGGAGUUUUGAUUGAUUUUACCUUUCGCCCGUCCGCCUCGUGUUGCGCUGGUUGGCCGGAACAACAGUGCCACCGACGAGAAGAUGUUGAAACAAAUCAAAAGAUGAAAGAACUUGUUACAAUUCUGUCUACAGUUUCGCCCCUCCUCCCGAGGCCCCAUCCGUCGAAAUCCGUACCCUUCGGAACAGCGUGCCGGCGGUUCUUGGCCGCGAAACGGAAUACUUUCUGCUGAACAACUUUGAGGCAACCAAGUGUCUGCGACCCUUCGUUUUCCGGCAACCGCCAAUGCAACUCCACGAAACAAAGAAUUCGCUUCACCCGCAUCGGCAAAAGGGCAUGCGCGUGCGAAAAUCCGGUCGAAGUAAAGAAACUCACCUGUCUGCGCGGGUGGGGUCUCAGUUUUCCGCAUUUCUUAGCUCGACCGCCAGCUCAUUCUUGAGCGGCGGAAGCAGCAACAAACAUCAAGCACGGCAAUUGCAGACCACCGCAAAACGAGAGACCACCGCGAGCUCGGGUUUUUUACCCGAAGACUACCAGCACGCGUCGAGUAUUGAUCAAGAAGACAUCAUGAACGCGACCGGUGAGCAGGACCGGGGUACGUACGACGGGGCGACCGCGACAGGAAUGCUGCGGACGACUGGAUUUCGCACGACCACCACCAGCACUCACCAUCCCGUGCACGACUACUCACCACGACACACCUACCAUGCGGGGCCGCGGGAGUCCAAACUGCCGCAGUGGGCUGUCGAGCUGCGCCGCCCGCUUUCCCUAGUUCGCGACCCCGAAGAAACUGCAUUUUACGUCGAUCCCGAAAAAGACCCGAUUCUCGCUGCAUUUGAAGCACAAAUGGGAACAGCAAAGAAAAAGGUACUUACGACUACAUCAGGUCUUUCUGUAUAAAUUUCAAUAUCAAUGUGCAGCUCCUGCAAUAUAAAUAUCGUCCAAGGUGGCUGAGCUCGCUGACGCUACAGCCGCAGCGCGUCGUGUGUUUUAUUACGUACGAAAUCAAAACGAAAACCAAAACUGACUACAUCACAACAACCUUUCUCAUCAGUGGGAUGCGGAGCCCGAGCGUCCGGCUUCCGCCUACGACACGGACUUUGUACAGAAAAAAGAGCGGCUCAGCAGUGCAGUGUUCGAGAAUGCCGACCUGCACUCCGUGCGAACAAGUCCACAACGCCGGUGCGCAGUCGAGGUCGAACUGGCGCGGGCCCAAGAGGGGGAAAAGAAGAAGCCGCACAGCGAGCAGAAGAAAAUCUCAGAGAUCCAGGUGGUGGACAAGAGCGUCGUAUCCGUUCUUCCGGUCGCGAGCCUACGGGAUAUCGCCAGUUUGUCCUCCUCUCCUUCCCCAAAACGAGGAGGUGCUGCGAGUAAUGCGGCGGAAAGUGCUAAUACCACUGAGCGCGGGCACGGAUUUUUUCCUUCUAGAAUUUAUUCCUAUGAUAUCCAUAGACCUGCCGGGGUUUGGCUACGUGAUUCUCAGAAAAGCAAAUCCGGGCAAAAUCCAAGAUUUAUUUCGUAGGUCGUGUGGCACUGCUGGCAGUGCCAGUCAGUGUCCUCACAUUCAUCCUCUCAUCGCAUGCUUUUAUUCCCAGCCUGCUAAUGUUUUGAGAUCAUGACCACCUACAUCUUCCCCACUGUUGGUGGGCGUUCGUACCGGAAACAAAGGCAGAAAUUUGGUUGAGAUGACCUGUGUCUCUUGUGUGCCGGACGAAAGCUGUGUCGCACUACAAGCAGCAACAGCCAGUGUCCUGCUUAUUUCUAUUUGUGCUGCAGCACGAAUGUUUCGAUCUUCUCACUGUAAGAUGUAGUGACGACCAGCUGAUAUUUCUUUUUGCUUGAUAUUUCCCUCUUGUGUAUACGCUUGAAGGAGGAGCGAGGAAUAGCUAUUUAUGUAUAAAAAGUUGUUGUCAAAAAUACCAUUAAUUUCCAUUGUUUUGUCUGAGCGCUUCAUCUGGAGUACUGCUGUAUGUCAGUAAAAGCACGCAUUUCCAUUUGUAGAUAGUGACUUGGUUCAAAUCCUUAGGAAGUAUUGUGUUUUGAGGCACGCGCACGUAAAGCGCAGCUCCAGCUCUGCCUCUGCCCGAU